GUGCUAGUGGUGUUUUAUGUUUUAAAAAUUUUUGAAUUUUAGAAUAAUGUUAUUUUAACUUCGUACUUUUUAACGUUGAAUGUUUUCGUUUUUAUAUGUAAUUUCGCAUUAGUGAUAAUUAUACUUGUAAUAUGGAGAAGGUACCAUCAAACUACGAUGCCCUUUUAUCGGCGUACCAGUUAUUAAAAAAGGAAUUGAAUGAAAAAAAUCAAGAAAUAUAUGACACCAAGAGAAGACUGAAGGUUUCUGAAGCGUUACAAUUAGAAUACCAAAGUGAAAUAGAAUUAAUCCAAGCUGAGGUAACAAAAGGCUCCAGUAAGUUUGAGUCAAGGGUGAUACAAUUAGAGGGAGAAUUGGUAAAAUGUAGAGCAACUUACAAUGAACAUAUUUCUCACUUGGAACAACGGUUGAGUGACAAAGAAGCAGAAUGUAUUGCAUUGACUGAGAAAAAUGAUCUUUUGAAGAAAUCCAAUGUUGUGUCUGUUGAGCCAGAUGACCAAGGUAAAUUACUUGAAAAAAAUCUUCAGUUGAAAACGGAAAAUGAGGAAUUACUUUUUAUUGUGGAGGAACUGAAAAUGAAUUUAGAAACAAAUCAAGAGAAAUGUUCUAACUUUGAAGAGAAAAUUCAUGCAUUACAAAGUGAAUUAGAUGAGGUAAAACAAUCUCUUCAAUGUAAAAGGGAAGAGAUCAUGGAAUCGAAUGAUUUAGUUCAGCAACUGAAUCAAGAAAUAUUUAAUUUAAAGACUGAAAUGGACACCCUCAAAAGUAAACCCUUAAAUGAGAAAAGUCAAGGAAAUUCAUUAUUUGCUGAAGUGGAUGACAGGAGGGUGCACUUGCAAAAAACCAUAAAUAUGAUGAAAAAAGAUUAUGAGGAUAUGAGAAAAAAUAGGAAAACUCUCAUAAAUCAGGUUGAGCAAUUGUCCAUUGAAAAUACACGCUUGUGUGAGCAAUUUGAAAAGGAAAUAUCAGAAAGGAGAAGUGAUGAAUCUAAUGUUAUAAUGUCAUUAAAUAGUCAAAUAGCAACAUUAACGAAACAAAUAGAACAAUACAAAAAAGAUCUGCAAGAAAAGCUACCACGAGUUGAUCAGUUUAAUUUAUCAAAUAUGUAUUAUUAUGUUGACCUUGUAAAGAAGAAAACUGAAGAAAUAGUAACACUAAGAGAUGAAAUAACAUUUCGUGGGUUAUCUAUUACAAUGUUGACUGAAAAUAUUGCUGAGUGUAACAAGGAAAUAAGACAAUUGAGAAUAAAAACAUCUAAACUUGAAUGUGAGAUCAGAGUCUUAAAUAAUAAGUUAGUAGAGAUAACAGGUGAAGGCAAAAUUAUGAAACAAAUAAAGGCAGAUAUUGUUGCAGAGCAAAAAAAUAUAGAUGAAAUUAUCAAAAAUCAGACAAUUGAGAGGGAACCAGAACUAGUACCUCAAGAAAGAUAUGCUAAUUUUGAAUUAAAGAGUGUACUUAAAAAAGAAAAUAUGUAUGAAAUGCCAAAUUCCAAAAUAUCAAAUAUGGAAAAGUAUUUAGGAUCCUCUAUAAAUGGACCCCGUCAAAGGGGUCUCACUUUUAACUUUUCCUAUACUGAUGAUAAUACUAAUAUAAAUAAAGAUAAAGAUUCUGAAAGAUUAAAAAUGAAUGCAGUUCCUGAUCCCUCAAGCAUAGAUAUAGACCCAAAUAACACUGAAUCGAAAUAUGUUGAUAUAUUAAAUAAAAAAUCAGCUUCUGAAGAUGAUCAAAUAAAUCAAAGUGAAUCUAAUAAUUCAACAGAAAACAGAAUAAGUAUAAAAGAAGAAACAUUUUCAAACAAAGUUGUAUCUUUGGAACCUGAUGUAAAAUCUUCAGAAGAAAAACACUUGAAUAAAACUAAAUAUUUAAAUGAUAAAGGACUUGAAGAUAAUGUAGCAGAUACAACUAAAAAGACAUGUACAAUUGAAAUAUUUGAGAACAGUGUAUUAAUGGAAAAUUCAAGUAAUCCUGAAAAUCAUUCACAACCUCAAGUGAAAUCAACAGUUGAGACAAUUGAGGACACUAAAAAACACAAAAUUUUAACUAAAGGAGUUGAGAAAACUGAAAAACCAAUAAGCAAAAUAGAAAUAUUUGAAGACUCAAUAGUAGUUAAGGAUAAUAUAAAUGAUUCAAAAGUUCAAGUGAAAUCUACAGUUGAGAUAACAGAAGACACUAAAAAACUUAAAAUUUUGACUGACGAUGAGAAAAUUAAAAAACCAAUAAGCAAAAUAGAAAUAUUUGAAGACUCAAUAGUAGAUAAGGACUCACAGAUUGCUAAAAUUACGCCAGGUGGAUCUCAAGAUAAAAUUAUUGAUGUUGAUGCAGAUGAAAACACUGCAGCCAUAGAAGGUGAUAAAUCUGUAAUUUUAUUGGAUGUAGUUGAGGAGGAAAAGGAAAAUUGUAUUAAAAACAGUAAUAGUAUUACUAAAAAAUCACAUUUACCAAAACUUGUUACAACAAAAAAAGUAACAUUUUCUGAAAAUACAGAAGAACCUGCUGAAACAAAUAGAAAAUUAUUAAGAAAAGGUGCUAGAACGUUGAAGGUUCAAACUGUAUUUUUUCCGUCAAAGCCAUCAUAAUUGAAUUUCUAUUUUUAAUUGUUUUAAGACAUAGUGAAAACAUAUUCAUGUUUUAUAUAAUGUUGUUUUAUGUAGAAUGGUGCUAAUGUUUGAAAUGAAAUAUCAUAAAACCCCACCAUAUAGAUAUUAGAUUAAUUUACAUAUAGAUAAAAGAUCAUAAAUAAUUAGUUUUAAUAAUUCAACAAACAUGGCUAAAUAAUGAAAUUAUUUUAACUAAUAAAAUUGCUUAAAUAAUGUUAAAAUUAUAAUCUACAAGUGUAUAUCAGUCACAAAUUAAAAAUGUAUCAUAGUAGAAAAUAUAAUUCAAUACAGGCAGAA